UAAGACGGUUGACGGUUACUGUACUGGCCAGUAUUUUUCUUAAUUCUUAAUUUAAAAAUUUAACUUUGGAUUUUUUUACUUGCUAAAUUUUGUAUUGAUGUUCUUAAUUUAAAAAAUUAAACAACUUUUGAACUUGUCAGUGACGUAGUUUUUUUUUGGUGAUUAAAAAUGGGUUUUCUAGAGGACAGAGAUUUAAGUGGCGUGCCCAGUAUACCGGAGUUUUAUAGAGGAAAAACUGUUUUUAUUACCGGAGCCUCGGGUUUUAUGGGCAAAGUCCUGGUGGAGAAGCUGCUGUACUCCUGCCCAGACCUGGACAGGAUCUAUGUACUUCUCAGAAGCAAGAAGGGAGUGAACCCAGAAGAUAGAUUGGCUAAAAUGUUCUCUGUACCUUUGUUCGAUAGACUUCGCAAAGAGAGACCCGGCUUCGCAUCCAAAGUGUUUGUUAUCGCCGGAGAUGUUAUGGAACUUGGUUUGGGUAUUUCUGAAGAGGACCGUGCGUUGAUAGUCAAUCGUGUGAACAUUGUAUACCAUGUCGCAGCCAGUGUCAGAUUUGACGAUACCCUGGAGUAUGCUAUCCGUAUGAACCUUCGAGGUACCAAGGAGAUGGUGGAACUAGCAGCAGACAUCAGGAAUUUAGAUGUCUUCAUCCACGUGUCGACCUCGUACUCCAACACCAACAGGGAGACCCUGGAGGAGAUCAUCUACCCCCCACACGCUGACUGGAGAGAGACCCUGGAGAUCUGUGAGACCAUCGACCCUCAUACUUUGAAGGUGCUCACUCCUAAAUUCCUAGGAGAGUUACCGAACACCUACACAUUUUCCAAGCAGCUGGCAGAGAAUGUGGUCGCGGAGUACAAAGGGAUUCUUCCCGUUGUCAUCAUCAGACCUUCCAUUGUUAUUUCAAGUGUGGAGGAACCGGUAUCUGGCUGGGUGGAGAACUUCAAUGGCCCUGUUGGACUCAUGUUAGGGUGUGGAAAAGGUAUCCUGCGGAGUAUGUAUUCAGACCCUGACCUGAUAGCAGACUACAUGCCGGUGGAUAUCGCCAUCAAGAGCUUCAUUGUGGCUUCCUGGUUGAGAGGAACUAAGAAACUAUCACCAACCGAUGAUGUGCCAAUCUACAACUGCUGCUCCGGCAGGCUGAACAUCAUCACCAUGGGAGACAUGAUUGAGAAGGCCAAACGUAUAUCCUGGACCUAUCCCUUCAACGACAUACUAUGGGUUCCCGGCGGAGGCCUCACUACUUCAAGGACUGUGUACUAUGUUAAGCUGUUAAUCCAGCAUCUGCUUCCAGCCAUGUUAGUGGAUACUAUACUAUGGUGUGCCGGCAAGAAACCUAUGCUGUUCAAAAUCCAACGACGCAUAUACAUAGCUAGCAUGGCUCUCAUAUACUACAUCACGAAGCAAUGGACAUUUGACAAUAAAAACCUGGUCCUCAUGAGAUCCAAGAUCAAGGAGGAAGAUAUGAAGGAUUUCUACUAUGUCAUGGAAAAUGUAGAUCAGGAUGAAUUCUUCGUAAACGCUACUCUAGGCUGCAGAAGGUACCUAUUGCAUGAAAAAGAUGAGGAUUUCCCGAAAGCCAAGAGACAUUACAGGAGGAUGGUGAUUGUGGAAAUUAUAGCGAAAAUUAUAUUCUACGGCGCUCUACUUUGGUGGUUCUUCAACUUAAACUACACUAAGAAGUUUAUUUCAGAAUGGUCGCAUUAAACCUAGAUCCUUAUCAUAAAUUGUUUUGUUUGACUCUGAGGCUUGUUACUAGAAUAAAAAGUGUUGAAAUUUAA